UUCAAUUAUCAAUCGUGUCGUUCUAUACUCUUUGUCUGUCAUAAACAAACUGUGGUUAUAGUUGGUAAUUUCUGCUAGUAAUAUUUUAUUCGUAUAAGAAUAUAGUAAAUAAAGAAAUUUAAUUCCUAUAAUAACAAUAAUUCCAAUGGCGGAACCAAAUACUGAACCACCUACAAAUGAAACAGAAGGAAAUUAUUCAACACCAGCUAAUGAUCCAAAAAACAUGCAAGAGGUGACUCAAUAUGUACAAUCCCUUUUACAAAACAUGCAGGACAAGUUUCAAAGUAUGUCAGAUCAAAUCAUCAACAGAAUAGACGAAAUGGGAACAAGAGUUGAUGAAUUGGAGAAGAAUAUCACAGAUCUUAUGACACAAGCCGGUGUAGAUAAUGAAAAGUAGAAUGUAAUCACUUUUGUAUCAUGCUACCACUUUUAUUUACCCAAAGAGUUUAUUACACAUCAGUGCUUCAAAUUGAAAUGAAAAUAAUAUACAUAUACAAAAUGUAAAUUCAUACCUGUUUAUACCUCUGUAAGUACCGAUUAGUAAAAAGCUCAAUAUGUUUUAUAUAAAAAUAUUCCAUUUAGCUUUAGGAGAACACUAAUAGACUAGAGUUAUGUAUUUGUAAUCAAAAGUUUGAUAUUUCACAACUUUAAUGCAAUAAGCUGAUAGACUAGUAUAUUAUUAUUAUUAUACAGGUUGAAGUUAAAAUUCCUAGCAUCCUUUUUAAUGUUUAUAUAUUUAAAGGAUGCUAUGAUAUAGUUUUCACUCUGUAUAUUGUCUUGAGUUAGUAAUUUUAUUGCCUUAAGAAUAUGUAUUUCUCAUUUGAUACAUGUUUACUACUCAUAAUUAAAGAUUGUUUUUGAAAGACAUGGUUAUCUAUUUUAUCACAUAGAUACUGUUUGAAGUCAAUUUUUAUAAAUAUUGAACAUGAAUAAUUAGGAUUGUCAUCCCUAGGUUUCCCUAUAUGUAUUCUCAUUUGGAAUGCAGUUAAGGAGCAUCUGGAUUAAUUUCAUUACCAAUUUUUAAAUACUUUUUUGUAUUGAUUAGUAAAAACAUCCAGAUUUUUCAUCUUUCUGUUUUGGUUUGUUGAUUUUACAGAUGACAAUCCUAAUUCGAAUAUAUAAUUGGGAUUUUUUUAUGGAUCUUGGCGAAUGACAAGGCAGCCCAUAUGAUGAAAAAUGGUUAUAUCACUUCUAGAAAUGAACAGCGCCAUGGAUAUUAUAAAAUACACCAGGGCGUCCAUGACAAAUUUAAAUGGUUUUCCAUUUCUGAGGACUAAGGAAACUCCUUACCCUCUAAUCUUACUGCUGUAUGUCCCAUGUUACAAACAAUAGUUAUUGUCAUUUUCACACCAAUUCCCUUAACAUUGUUAUUCAGUUAUAAAACUGCUUUUGUAUUGGCAAAAAUGUUGACAAGGGCUAGCUGUUUCCCGUUGUAUAGGCUGUUUGCAAGAUAUAAUAGGUAACAAAAAAAUAUGUUAGUCGGGAGCCUGUAACUUUUUAUUAUUUCUCAACCCAUUUGCGUGUUAUUAGACAGGCAAUAAAUUAUUAUGUGGAUAUAGAUAUGUGACAUACAUUAACAUUAAUAAUUAAAAUUAGGCGAUAUUUAAGGUAUGAAUGGUUACUUAUCAGUAACAACCCUAAUGUAUGUUUAUUUUGUAAUUAAAAUACAUUGUUUCUAUAA